GUCUGAAAGUCCCUAAAGAGAAAAGAUCUAGCCUAGAGUUAUAGAAAGAUGAGUAUGAAAUUCUCACCAGACGACCUUCCUGAAGAAAUGAUAACCCAAAUUCUUCUUAGGCUACCCAUCAAGUCCAUCCUUAAGUUCACCUCUGUCUGCAAAUCUUGGAACUCCCUCAUUAAAGACAGUCCCUUCAUCAAAGACCACCUCAAACUCACUUCAAACAGAAUCACCAGAGAUGGUCCUUUGCUCCUUCUCAGGCAUUGCCCAAGAGAGCCCAAUGUAGAGCAGUAUUCUCUACAUUUCAACAAUGACACCUUCGACGAGUACUCCAAACCACAACUUCCAUCUAAAAGCUUCAAUGAGUGUUUCCGAAUUGUGGGUUCAUGCAAUGGACUAAUCCUACUCUCAGAUGAUUACCUGACCGAGACCAAUACUUUCAUUCUGUGGAACCCCUCCAUUCGAAAGUCCAUGACCUUACAUAAACCUCAUAUUCCAGACACUCAAUACCAUACAGGUUAUGGGUUUGGAUUUGAUGCUAAGAGAGAUGAUUACAAGAUUCUCCAGCUGUUGUACGAAGGUCACAACAGCGCUGGCCUUGAAGUUGCGGUCUACUCACUCAAUUCAGGGUCUUGGAAAAGCAGCACUGCAGCUCCCCCCAAGUAUGAGAUUGCCAAAACAAUGUGGUCUCAGGUAUUUGUUAAUGAUUUUAUCCAUUUCAUAGGGUAUUCUAAGAUGGGGGAAGCUUAUUGCAAUGUUGUUUUGGGAUUUGAUGUCAGUGAAGAGGUUUUUCAUGAGAUGAAAUUGCCAAAGGACUUGACUUCUGUGGUGCCAAACAUGAUCAUGUCAGUUACUGGCAAGACUCUUGCUGUGCAACACUAUGAUGGUAUACGUAAGUGUUGCAAUGUAUGGGUUAUGAGAGAGUAUGGUGUGGUGGAGUCGUGGACAAAGCAAUUCACCAUUGAUUUUCUCACCCCAAACUUCCGGGUAACAAAGGUCUUGGGGUCUAUGAAGAAUGGUGAAUUUCUGUUAGAAACUUAUAAUGAAAAGAAGGGAGAGAUAGUCCUUCAUGAUCCGAGGAAAGGCACUAAUGAGCAUCUUGGAAUUUACACAGAUCCAGGAGUGGUGGAACACUGGAACCUACCCAGGCGUGCUGAUUAUAAUCACCAAAAUUCUUAACCAAAUAUCAUAGCCUUCAGGUCUUUACCUUUUUUGCAGACGACCUAGAUGAAAAGAUAACGAAAGUUGCCAAACAAUGCCACACAAACAGGCAAAAAGGAUGAGCAAAUUCAACAGAUGGACCCUUUUGCAACAGGAAUUCCGAAGUCUAUUAUUCAAGAUAUCCUUCUUAGACUUCACACAAAGAGCAUUACCAUCUGCAAAUGUGUAUGCAAGACUUGGCAUGAUCUGCUUUCGGAAUUUAAAUUCGCUAAUCUUCAUUUGCACAAGCAGAGGCCUGUCCAUUGGUCUGGCCCUGGCAUCCAACUCGUGUGUCAAGAACCCUUUACUUGCUUGAAUUUGAAGAUAUUUAUUGAAGGACUGCGACUGCAAAAAUUCUUGAACUGUAUCCGGUGUCAUGUCCACAUGUAUCUUGGAAGGUAUAAACUUCCACUGCGCAGUGCUGAAAAGGUAAUUGAUAUCAAUCUGGUGAGUAACAGAAAUCAAGGUACUGCAAGGAAAAGCUGCAUCAAAAUUUUAUCAAAUGAGCACAAGUACAACUGUACAAGGUGGUGAAUUCCUUUAAUGGAUUUCUUUGCUUGGCUGAACCCAUCUCCGGAGAUCCUCUUGUUGCGUGCAAUUUAAUAACCGGAGAGUUUAUACUACUACCAGAAGCUUUGAAGCAUACUAACAAUGAAGAAGA